GCCUAAUAAAAAUAACAAAAAUGUACAGCGCUUCAUUUUACGAAUGCGAGAUAGACACACCUGUGAAAAGACAGAUAUCAAACAGCUCAUAAAAAAGGGCUUAAUACCCGAGUCUUAUAUUUAUGAAAUCCCAAAACCAGGUAAGCAGUUUGAAUAUAUUAUAGUUGAGAAUGAAUCAUCAGAGAGGAUGGGUGACAAAAUGGAAUAUCCAGAAGUG